ACCAAAGCGUGUUUGGCCAUCGAACGAGACGGACGUGUGUGCUCUCUGCUGCUGCUGUCGGGGCUUCGUACAUGGAUAUUUGGUGUGUGUUUUGUUGUUGAAUAAAUAUACAAGUGUUUAGCAGAGACGAGGCACAAACAAAAAAUUAAAAUUAAUGCGAAGUGUGUUCUAUUAUACGGAAAUCGAGUGAAGUGCAGUCCAAGUCCCGUAAAGUGAGAAUAAAAAGCCCGCAAAACAAAAGCAAAAAGCAACAGACGACCGGAAAAAGCGCGCGUGUGUGUUUGGCGGGGGCGCAGGAGGAAAGAAAUAGGAAAAAGAGUCGCCUGCUGAAAGUGUAUGUUAUUCCAGUGAAAUAUGUUAAUUAAAAUUGCCAUUAGUUGCAAUUGGAUGGCAAUUUCCAGCCAUUAGCAUUAGAAAUCGCGCGAGUCACAAGUGUUUAAUACCUGCUGAGAGAGUAAAUCGGAGAAUUGCAAACUAAAUAAAACAACAACAAGAACACUCCAUCCCAUUCUAUUGUUGUUGGCAACGCGGAAGUCGCUCCAAAGUUCGAAGUAAAUAAAGCCAAAAAAAAUAAAGUGUGUUUCAACAACAAUAAGCCAUUAAACCGUUAACAAAAGUGCUGAAAUAGUUCAUUUACAAUUGGAGCUACCUGCGGCUGCUGCUAAACGGAGUGGGCAGGGGGGAGCACUACUCUCCAGAAGUCUGUAAAAAACAUUUUGGUUGCACAACAUGGCAGCGAGGAAAACCCCAAGGAAUGGCAAUGAAAAUGGACUUUUAAGCCACUGAACUCACAACACAGAAAGAGAAACAGAAAGAGCGCGUUUAAGGGCCCAAAUUAGAAUUGUUCACUUGACCCACAGACACAGACAGACAGACACGACAGAAGGGGCCAAGCAACAGCGCGAGUGAGAGUGCAACAGAGACAGAGCUAGAGACAGAGACAAAAUGCGUGCGGGCCGUUGGCUAAACGAUGGCUUAGUGCUGGUCGCCGUCUUGCUUUUGGCCGUAACGCAGGCACGUUUCAUUGCGAAAAGAGAAACGCCUGGCGGGUGGCAUAGAGGCGACCACUGCGACUGCCAAUAUUUCGAUUGGCAGUGCCACAGCUGCUUCCCGUGACCCUGACAUUGUUAGCGAGGAAGCAACAGCAGCAGCAGCAGCGGCGCCAGAGACACAAGCUGUGGAGGCGCUGAAGCAUGAAGAAGAACCUCCAGCCAAGGAAAAUCCUGCCGCAACAACAGAAGGCACAGAGGAAGGAGCAGCAGCAGCGGCAGCAGAAGCAGUCGCUAAUGCCAGUCGAUCCACGGAGCAUGGACGGGCCAUGCAGUUGGCAUCCAGCACAGAAGCACAGCCGCCCCCUUCGGUGACGCCCAUGAAGCUGCGAGCACUGGCCAAGAGCACGACGCCACUGCCCUUCGCCUCCAACGAGAAUGCCAUUGAAGAGUCCACUUCGACGAUCCGCCAAAUGCCGGAGAAGCGAGCAAAAUUCAUCAGCGAAAACUCCACCAAUGCGCAGCAGCUGCUGCUGCCCAACACGGCGGAGGUGUGGAGUCUGGCGGGCAUGAAGUCGGUGCCAAAGAGUCCUACGCUAGCCCUGGACAUCGCUACUCCCAGCCCAGAGCAUGCCACAGCCAGAGCCACAGCCACGGAGAAUUCAACAACGAUAUUUGUUGCACCCUUUCUGCACGCAAACAGCUCGGCUGCAGAGCUCACCAACGACAUCGAGGAGCCGCCACAGAACCAAACGGAGCUGCACCAGGAGAAGAAUCUGCUGGACUGGCAGCAGAUUGCACUGAUGCAAGCCCCACCGAGAAUCGAACCAGAAUUUGCAGUCAGCACCACACUGGACGCCACCGAAGAGGCCAUGCAGGGCACCACAGAGUCCUUGGAGGAGUCGUCUGCGACUCCUGAGAAAAAGGAGACGACGACAGUGGCUGCUGGAGGGGGCGGGGGAGGACUCAAUCUGACAACGUCAGCAGCGCCUGCUCGUGUCAUGGAAACCACAACUGUGGCCAGGGAAUCCAUGGAGCAGGAGGUGAGGUGCUCACAUCCACUGCCAGGGCGCAGACCUCAACCAGUGUCCGUUCAGCGGAGCUUGAGGCAGACUGCAGCUGCCACUGCAGCAACAACAGAGUCGUCAGCCGUUCAACAUGUGUCACCUGUGGGGGCGGCAGAUCCACAGCCAGAUCCACAGCCAGAUCCAGAUCCAGAGAUGACUACGACUGCAAUAACGAGCAGCAUCGAUGGGGUUUUAAGUGCUCGGAACGAAGCCAAUUCCAGCCCCAGUCCCAGCCCCAACACAACUGAAAUGGCAAUGAAAGCAGCGAACGAAAGCGACGACGUCAUCAAUGUGGUCUCCCCAGGCGCCCCCCAGUCAGAGAGGCCUCCAGAGAGGGAGCAGCAGCAACAGCAACAGCAGCAAGCGACGAACCCCACGACAACGGCAGUUAGUAUUCGAGCGACUGUCGAGGAGAGCGCAAGCACAGCAACAACGGCGACGGCGACGGUGCCGCAGCAGUCAAAGUUAACAGCAGCAGCAGCAGCAGCUGAGGAGGCAACAACUGAGGGGGCAACAACUGAGGGGGCAACGCCAACGCAAAACCCAACGGAAAUUGUCCAAAUUAGCAAUGAAGUGAACUUAGAAACGGCCACAGUGCCAGCUCCUCCAGCUCCAGCGGGAGCAACAGCAGAGCCAGUGAGCAAAUCAAAGGAGGAGCAGAAGGAGGAGAAGGAGAAGGAGGAGGCCACUGGAACGACUGAUGACAGCAGUGCCAGAAUUAAAACGAAAACCGAUACGAGUGGGAACAACUUUGUGAAUAAUAGUGUGGCCCAAAGCAUAACAGAGGCGGCCACAGAGGCAGACGCUGCCACCUCCAGCUCCAGCUCUAGACCUGCCACAGCUAGCAGGCAGCCGGAGGUUAAAGAGGACAGCACACAGGCUACACCGCUGUUCAGUGACCUCGGCACGAAGCAGGAAAAUAACGAACACGAAUCGUCGCUGGAAACGAAUAACAUUGGGGAGGCAGCAGAGGAAGCGACGGCGGCCACAACCACAAGCCAGGGACUGGCAACAGCAACAGCAACAACAGCAACAACAGCAGCAGCAGGGCCAGCAGCAGGGCCAGAAGCUCCUGCCCUAAAUGCUUUGGACGAGAGGGAAACAGGAAAAACAGCAACAGGUGCAAAGGGACCGCCACUGUCGUCGUCCUCUGCGUCAUCGGAUGAGCAUUACGAUGAGGAGAACGACACGGGCAAAGGCCAACAACAGGUGGAUGAAGUGCAUGGAAAACAAGUUAUUAUUGAGGAGCAGCAGCCACAGCCAAAGCAAACGUUAGCCAAAAAUAUGGCAGGAAACGGCACAAGCAGCACAACAGAAGAAGCAGCCACCAGGAGCAGCAGCAGCAGCAGCAGCACAACGGCAAAAACAACGACUGAAAUGCAACCUCCACUGAUAUCCCUGCUGGAUGAUACCACAACAAUAUCAACAACCAAAACCACGACUCUCCCCACGCCAACAGAAGUCAGCAGCAGCAGCAGCAGCAGCAGCAUGCUGCCAGAGAACACAACCCUGGCCUAUGCUCCACCGGGCGCCAGCAGCAGCAGCACCACCGAAGACUCUUUUCUGCCUUCGAUCCUGCCCAGUGAACCAGCAGCCACUGCUCCUCCGCCCAUCAUUAUGGCUGCGUUUCCCAACGAUCUGCCAGCCCAGGGCGGUGGCACGGACGUCAACGUGAUCAUUGCCAUCACAGUGAGCGUCAUUGGGGUGGUGGCCCUGAUACUGCUGGUGGCGUUCCUCUACCUGAUGCGGAAGCGUCAGAAGCAGAUGUCCUAUGGCCAGCGGUGUCGGCCCGUCAGCCUCGAUGCCUACUCCCUGGACAAUGUCUCGGUGCUGGGCAGUGUGCGGCGCAAGGGCAGGGAUUUGCGCGCCUCGAAGCGCACCUACGGGAACGCGGCCUUCGACGAUCCCUCGCUGCGGCACAACCUGCUGUCCGCCGCGGAGCUGGGCAGGUUUGUGGAGCGACGUUCCAGCAUAUUCGAGGAAUUCAGGGAUGUGCCGCAGAUCAUAGCACGGGCGGACGAGGUGCCAGCGGGCUGUGAGGAUAGGAAUCGCUACGCCAACGUGAUUCCGCUUCCUGAGACGCGUGUGGUGCUUCAGCGUCGCAGCGAUGAUGACAAAACGGAAUACAUUAAUGCCAAUUAUGUGCGGGGCCCACGAGACGCACCCAACUACUACAUAGCCUGCCAGGCACCCAUGGAGAGCACAACGAGCGACUUUUGGCGCAUGAUCUGGGAGCAGCAGUCGCGUGUGAUCAUCCAGGCCACGGAUCUCAGCGAGAACGGCAUCGAAAAGUGUGCCGAGUAUCUGCCGCCCUCGGCCACGCUGGACAAUCACAGCAGCUAUGGCGACUACCAGGUGACGCUCAAGAACCGCGAGGUCAAGGACAAGUAUGCCAUUUCCACGCUCAUGCUGAAGCGUGUCGAUGGCGAGGAGUGCCGCGAGCUGACGCACUACUGGUACAAGUGGCCAGAGGCGGGCGUGCCCGCCGAGGAGGCGCCCAUCAUUGCCAUGCUGCUGGAGGCGCGCUCCUCCCUCAAGUCGUAUUGCCUGGAGCAGCAGGCCAGCGAUCUGAAGGAGAAAUCCUCAACGGUGGAGUCAUCGGUGGAUGCGGAGGCAGCUGCAUCGGCAGCCAAGGCGGAGCAGAUUAAUGGCAAUGUGGGCAACAGCAGGGGCAACAGCGGCACAGGCACAGGCACACGCAGCCAGCAGGGACCGCUAACCGUUCAUUGUUCUCCAGGUACGGGACGUACCGGCACCAUCAUCGCCUCGGACAUGGCCAUUCGCAGCCUGGAGACGCCCAAGCGGUCCGUGGACAUACCACAGCUGGUGUACUAUGUGCGACGGGGACGUGCCAGCGCCGUUCAGACCAAGGAGCAGUAUGAAUUUAUCUACAAGGUGGCCAACAUGUACGCCACAAAGAUCACAAAUUUAUCCAAUGAUAAUUGAGGAGCAAAACACAACUUUAUCUAUAGAGUAUAUAUAUAUAUACAUAUAUGUAUGCAGAAAUAUGAUUCUAGUUUAGUAUUACUCUCGUAUCUAUCGUAUCGUAUCUACCGUAUCGUACGUUGAAUGUUUUUGCACCUGAUUUAUCGUCGUCGUAGCUAUUUUGUCGGGCUUUGAAUAUCAUUUCAAAAAAAAAUGUAUGUAUUCCUUUAUUAUUGUGAUAUAAUCGUACAUUUUCGUAUAUCUCUUGAUAAUCUGUUGCAUAUUUAUAAUGUACAUUUUGUUUGUUUUUGCACUGGAUCGUGUGUAUGUGUAUAUGCGAUGCAGGCAAAUUUGUAAUUGGAAUUUUUCCAUAUUUUAUUUGUAGAAAGUCAUUAUGUAAUCAAUCUAUUGUAUGUAUCUAUUUUAAACGAGCUUUAAUGUACAUAAGUUAUAACUUAAGUAAGCGAAAACCUGUAUUGAACACUCAUAUUAUUGCGAAAUACAAAGAAAAAGAACCAAUCGA